GCACCAACAGCGCGUCCCUCAGGCCUCGAGCGCACGCAUUCCAGCGGCCACCCAGACCAUGCUCCGCCGACUGGGCGCCCAAGCUGCAGUCGCCCUCUGUGUGCAGGCAGCAGCUGCCUGGCAACCCCCGAGCCCGCUUGCGCUGCCAGCAUCGCAGAACCAGGGCCAGGUGUCCCAGUGGCUGCGGCCAAGCCAGGCAUUCUGACCGGCGGCGGCUGCACAGGAGCGAGAACUGAGAACCCGCCGCUCAACCCCACACGGGGUGACUGCUGAGGACCCAUACCAACAGCCCCGAUCUCCCUCAGGUGGAGGACUUGGCGGGAGGCACAGCCUGGGGGCCCUCAGGCUGGGCGCGCUGGCAAUCCCGAGGCCGACCAGGCCAUGCACCUCCAGCCCUCCUGGGCACCCAAGCUGCAGCCGCCUUCUUUGUGCAGGCAGCAACCUCCAGGCAACUCCUGAGUCCGCCCUCACUUCCCACAUCUCGGAACGAGGGCCUGAUGUCCUGUGGCUGCGGCCAAGCCAGGCGGUCUGCCCUGCAGCAGCUGCACGGGGGCGGGAACCGGCCCUCAGCCCUAUCCCCCGUGGCUGCAGAGGGCCCUUGGCUAGAGGUGUCGAGCUCUGGCAGAGGAGGAGCCGGGCGGGGGCAGGGUCUGGCGGGCUCUCAGGCCAGGGGCACUCGCGAUCCAGAGGCCACCCAGGCCAUGCUCCACCACCUGGGCGCCCAGCUACAGGCGCCAGGCAACUCCCAAGCUGGCUGGCGCGCCCAGCCUUGCAGACCCGGGCCUGGAUGUCGCCGUGGCUGCGGCCAAGCCAGGCGAUCUGCCCGGCGGCGGCUGCACCGGGGCAGGAACCGACCGUCAGCCCCAUCCCCGGUGGCUGCAGACGGCCCCUGGAGCGGCCCCGACCUCUCUUCCGAGGAGAAGAGGGGCGGGAGUCACGGCCAGGCAGGCCCUCAGGUGGGAAGGAAUGCACGCCUGCGAUUCCGGGACGUACCGCGCCAGCCCAGGAGAACCCGGAAGCCAGCAGCUCCUGUUUCUCUGUGUGAUUCUGUGAGGAACCACCAAAUUGUUUGCCACAGCAAGUGCAUCAUUUUCUAUUCCUAGCAGCCAGUUCAUGAGGGCUCCAAUUUCUCCACCUCCUUAGCAACAUUGAUUUUCUGUGUCGUUGUUAUGAAAGCCUUACUAGUGGAUGCAAAGUGGCAUCUCAUUUGGGUUUUGUCUUGCAUUUUAUUAAUGAAUAACGGUGUUUAGCAUCUUUUCUUGUCCGUCUUAGACACUUGUGUAUCUUCUUCGGAGAAAUGUCUAUUCAUGUCCUUUGCCUAUUUUUUAAUUGGGAUGUUAGAAAUUCUGAUGUUGAGUUGUGGGAUAUUAAGCUUUUAUCAGAUACACACUUUGAUUUUAUCAGAUACAUAUUUUCUCACAUACUAUGGGUUGUCUUUUAACUCCCUUGAUAGUAUCCUUUGAUGCAUAAAGGUUUUUUAUUUUGAUUAAAUCUAAUUUACGUGUAUUUUCUUUUGUUAUCUGUGCUUUUCUGUCAUAUUUCAAAAUACACUUAAAACUCAAAGGUCAUAAAGAUUUACCUUGUGUUUUCUUCUAAGAGUUACAUACUUUAGUCCUUACAUUUAAGUCUUUUAUUAAUUUAGAAUUAAUUUUUGUGUAUACAGCAAGGUAGGGGUCUAACUUCUCUCUUGUGCACUGACAUCCAGCUGUUGAAGAGACUGUUCUUUCCUCCCUUGACUAGACUUGGACAGCUUGUUGAACAGUCAUUGACCAUAUAUGUGAGCACUAAUUUGUAGGAUCUCAAAUCUGUUCUAUUUUAUUGGUCUAAAAGUUUAUUAGUCUUAUGCCAGUACCACACUCUCUUGAUUACUGUAGAUUUGUAGUAGGCUGUGAAACUGAAAAUUGUGAGUUUUCUAAUAUUCUUUUUCAAGACUGUUUUGUCUGUCAGAUCCUUUGAAUUUUUGUAUGAAUUGUAGAAUGAGUUUCUUUCUUUCUACAGAAAUGCCUUUGGGAUUUUGAUGAUAUUGCAUUGAAUCUGUAGAUUACUUUAGAUGGUAUUGUCAUCUUAACAAUAUUGUCUUACAACCCGUGAACACAGAAUGUCUUUCCAGUUAUUUCCACUCUCUUUCAUUUUUUUCAGCAAAGUUUUGUGUAUACCACCAUGGUUAGAUUUAUGCCUGAAUAACUUAUUCUUUGAUGCUAUUAUAAAUGGAAUUUUUAAAAUGUUUUCAUAGUUCUUUACAACUAUAUAGAAAUAUAGCUCAUUUGCCUAUGUUUGUUUUGCAUCCUGCCUCUUUUAUUAGUUAUAAUCGGUUUUGUGUUUUAUUUGGAGCUUUAUACACAUAAGAUCAUGUGUAGAUAUAAUUUUACUUCUGUUUUUUAUUUCUAAUUUAGAUGCCUUUUAUUUCUUUGUCUUGCCUAAUUGCUCUGGCUAAAAUUGCCAGUGCUACGUUGAAUACAAGUGGCAAAUGCACCAUGCUUGUCUUGUUCUAGAUGUUAGGAAAACAGCUUUCAGUGUUUCAUCAUUGAUCAUGAUAUUAACUGUUGGGUUUUUGUACAUCCUAUUGUCAUGUUGCAGAAAAUCCCUUCUAUGCCUAGUUUAUUGAGUAUUUUUAUUAUAGAAGGGUGUUGUAUUUCAUCAAUGUUUUCUCUGCAUCAAUUGAAAUAAUCACGUGCUUAUUCAUUUUACUGUUAGAGUAUAUUACACUGAUUGAUUUUUUAUAUGUUGAGCCACCCUUGCAUUUUGGGGAUAAAUCUCACAGGGUGAUAGUUUACAAUCCUUUGAUUAUACAGUAUUGCUGCUAGUAUUUUGCUAGUAUUGCUAGUAUUUUGCUGAGAUUUUUGCUAAUAUAUUCAUAAGGGAUAUUGUGCUGUAGUUCUCUUUUUUGUGCUCUCUUUGGCCUUGGUAUAAGGAUAAUGCUGUUAUCAAAAAAUGAAUUAGCAAGUAUUCCUUCUUCAUAUAUUAUGUCAGAAGAGUUUGAGAAGAAAUGGUAUUAAUUCUUCUUUAAAUGUUAGGUUGACUCACCAGUUAAUGCAGCUAUUUGGUCAUAAAUGUUUCUUUGUUAAUCACUUUCGAUUACUAAUUCAAUCUCCUAGGUUAUAAGUCUAUUCAGAUUUUCUCUUUCUUCUUGAGCCACUUUGGUAGUUUGUGUCUUUCGUCCAUUUCAUCCAGGGCAGCUAAUUUGUUGUUAGACAGUUGUUCACAGUAUACUCCUGUAAUCCUUUUGUAUUUCUGUAAAGUUGGUAGUAAUGGCUCUGCUUUCAUUUAUUAUUUUAAUAAUUAGUCUUCCAUCUUUUGCUCAGUCAAUAUAGUGAAAGGCUUGAUCAUUCAAAUAAUCUAUGUUUAUUCAUUCUACUGCUCUCCAAACUUCUAUUUUAUUGAUUUAUGCUCUAAUUAUACUCUCUAUUAUUUCUUUCAUACUGCUAGCUUUGGGUUUAGUCUUCUUUUGUCUUCUUCCACUGCCUUUAGGUAUAGAGUGAGGAUGUUGAUUUGAGAUUUUUCUUAAAUGUAGUUGUUUAUAUCCAUACAUUUUCCUUUGAACUCUACUUUCACUGCAUUCAAUAAGUUUUGGUAUGUUUUGUUUUUAUUUUAAUUUAUCUCAAGAUAUUUUAUAAUUUUGCUUGUGAUUUAUUUUUUUCACUCACUGGUAGUUGAAGACUGUAUUGUUUAAUUUCCACAUUUUCGUGAAUUUUCCAGUUUUCACUUAUUUAUCUGUUGUUUCUUCCAUUGUGGGUGUAAAUUAUAUUUUGUAUGAUUUCAAACUUUUAAAAAUGAUUAGGACAUAUUUUGUGGACGAAGAUAUGGCCCAUCCUAGAGAACUUCCAUAUACACUUGAAAGGAAUGUAUAUUCUGCUGUUGUUGGAUGGACUGUCCUGUAUAUGCGUAUUAGCUCUCAGUGGCUUAUACUGUUGUUUAACUCUUGUGUUUCUCAUGAAGCUUCUGUCUGGUUUUUCUAUCCAUUAAUUAAAAUGAGGUAUUGAAGUGUCCAACUGUGACUAUAGAACUGUGGGUUUAUCCUUUCAAUCCUGUUAAUUAUUUCAGCUUUACUGAGGUGUAAUAGAGAAAUAAAAAUUGUACAUGUGAUGCGUUU